AUGGUACUUAAAAAGGUGAUAAUAUCCAUCAUAAUUGCUAUCAUAGCAUCCUUAGUUUUUAUUAACACAUAUAUAUACUUUGCCCAAGAUGGUCUUAUUUUUGUGAAAAAAGAUAUCGAUCCCAUAUAUAACAAACCCUUAGGAGAUAAUUAUGAAGAGAUUAUGAUAACAACUGAAGAUGGCCAUAAAAAUAAAUGUUGGUUCAUAAAAACACAAGAUUAUGAAAACAAACCAGUUAUUCUUUAUUUUCUUGGAAAUGGAAGUUAUGUAGAAAAGAAUGUUGAAAUAUUCAAUUUGAUGGUUGGACGAGUAGAUGUGAGUAUUUUCUCGUGUUCACACCGAGGUACUGGAGAUAAUACCCUUAGCCCAUCAGAAGCUUCAUUUUACAGUGACGCUCAAACAUACUUAAAUUAUCUUAAAAUGAAAAAUAUGAAAAAUAUAUUUCUAUUUGGAACGUCUAUGGGAUGUGCUGUUGCUAUUGAAACUGCUUUAAAUAAUUCGAAUAGUGUAGCGGGUUUAAUUGUUCAAAACCCAUUUUUAAGCAUGAAAAAAAUGGCAAAGCUUGCAAAACCAUUUUUAUUUUUUAUUAUUUUAUCUUAUGAUUUAUUAAUAAGAACAAAGAUGGACAAUGAAGAAAAAAUAAAGAAGAAUCGUGUUCCAGUUUUGUUUAACAUUUCUGAAAAGGAUAAAAUCGUUCCACCAGAUCAUGGAAAGAAAUUAUAUGAGAUAUGCCCAAGCCAAAAGUUUAUUUAUACUGCAAAAGAUGGAGAGCAUAAUAAUAUUCUCGUAAAUGAUGAUGGAUCAUAUCAUAGAUCAAUGAAAAUAUUUAUUGAAACAGUUAAUUCUACAUAUAGUAAAAAAUAA